AGAAAGUGCCGGAAGCAUUCAGUUUGUCCAAAAUGGCUUACCAGACACUACAACAGGAGUACUUACAGAUUCCGGUUGUUACCAGGGCAUAUACAACCGCCUGUGUCCUCACAACUGCUGCAGUGCAACUAGAGAUCAUUACACCAUUUCAGCUAUACUUCAAUCCGGAUUUGAUUCUAAGGAACUAUCAGGUAUGGCGACUAAUAACCAACUUCCUGUUUUUUGGUCCGGUUGGCUUCAAUUUCCUGUUCAAUAUGAUUUUUCUGUACAGAUACUGUCGUAUGCUAGAGGAGGGCUCUUUCAGGGGACGCACGGCUGACUUUGUCUUCAUGUUCCUCUUUGGUGGGCUUCUGAUGACUAUAUUUGGCACUUUUGUGAGUCUGGUAUUUCUGGGCCAAGCCUUCACUAUCAUGCUGGUGUACGUGUGGAGUCGACGAAACCCAAAUGUCCGCAUGAACUUCUUUGGCCUGCUGAAUUUCCAGGCACCCUUCCUUCCCUGGGUUCUGAUGGGAUUCUCGCUCCUGCUGGGCAACUCCAUCAUUGUGGAUCUUUUAGGUAUUGCUGUUGGUCAUGUGUACUUCUUUCUGGAGGAUGUUUUUCCCAACCAGCCAGGUGGUGGUAGAUGGCUCAAGACCCCAUCUAUCAUAAAGAUGCUGUUUGACACACCAGAAGAAGAUGCCAACUACAACCCCCUGCCUGAGGAGCGCCCGGGAGGGUUUGCCUGGGGAGAAGGACAGCGCCUUGGAGGUUAAUUAUGCCCCUCGAUCGUCCCUGAUUGUCGGGUCACUUCCAAGGACAUUCCCUCCGAGAGGUGAAGGGGACAAACAUGGUCUUUGUUUUUGACUUGUUUGUUUAGUUCUGGAUGAAGAAUGCCAAACAACCAGAGCUGGUUUGAGGAUAACCGUCUGUUGUCUUUGUGUAUGGGCUUAAAUCAUCCCCAGAAACUCUUCUUGAUGCAAGAUUGUUGCUCUAAGACUAUUUGGGAGAACACAAGCUGCUCGGAUUGAACUCUGGAUGGUGAGCCUUUGGGCUUGAGUGAUGCUUGUCUUCAUCUCCAAAAAAAAUUUGAUAUACAGUUGUCAUACGAAAGAGAAAAAAUGACAGCAGUAAAAUAGCAAAUUGAAUUAAUUCAGAUGCCGAGUGCAUUUUUUUUUCUCAUUUCACUUUUCUAAAAAAAAAAUAAAUAAAUGUGUGUGUGGCAAAUGAUGCUUUGGUUUCAUCUCUUUGAACUGUGGUAGCACUGCAUGAAACCAAAGUUGCUCUUGUUGCUUCAUUCUCUGUACACAGCAAGCCAUUGUGAUCUACAAAUAUUAAGAUUCUAACUGUCCUCAACUUCAGCUUCUCAUCCACCUUCAGUUUUUUCACAGCUGUAUGCCUUUUUAUUUCAUUUUAUAAAAACAGCCUUAAAUCAGAUUCAUGUAGGUAUGUAAUACACAAAAGGACGAUUAUUGCCUAUUAUUUCUAUGUGACAAUACUUUUGGCUUAUUUAUUGGAUUUUUUUCUUUUUUUCUUUUUAAAUGUUACCAUGUGAUCCAGUUUACUGGCCCAACAGCAUGUGGGAAGGUGGAUUAUAAAUCCUUGGAAACAAUGUUUGAUGUUUGGAGUAUGUUUGUUGCUCUUGAGAGGGGAUAAAUGAAAUUGAGAUUUGAUGACACGUGUAAAAUUAAGAAUUAUGAAUGCACUGGAUCAAAAAAUAUAUGGGCUUUAAACUGAGAUUCUAAUAAUCUGACUGUUGAGCAGGCUGAGAUGAGUAACAGACUGUAAUGAAGUAAUAGUUUUGUUUUGUUUUUUUGUCUUGUAGCUGAUAGUAUUCUGGUGUAUUUUUCACUUCUCAGUAAUCUUGAAAAAACUACUAUACAAAUGGCAAUGCAUAUCACUGUUACAGAUAUAAAUGACAUUAUAUCCAUCUUUA